AUGGGUAUAUUUUUUCUGAUUGUUUAUGAGAUUGAGUCCCUUCUUUCCCUGUUAGGGAAUGGAUAUAUCAUAGUUGCGAUUGGCCACAGCUGGCUCUUCAGCAGGAAGAUGAUCCCUUGCGAUUUCCUCUUGACCGCUUUGAGCCUCUCCAGAUUUCUUUUGCAGUGGGUUUCUGUAAGCAGCCAAUUUGCGUAUUUCAGGUCUCCAGAAACUUACCUAGAUAGUAAAACAUUCCUUGCAUUUGGCUUUUCCUGGAUGUAUUUGAACAUAGCCAGCCUGUGGUGUGCCACAUGGCUCAAUGUCUUCUACUGUGUGAAGGUCACCAACUUUGCCCACCCUCUCUUUGUGUGGCUGAAGUCAAGAGCUGGAGUACUGGUGCCCAGAUUCCUUGGAUUAUCUCUCCUGGCUUUCAUCAUUUGCUCUAUUCCUCCAAUACUGAUAUAUUUUGAAGAAGAAAAACACCACAAUCUCACAGGAAAUCUGCCAGAGAACACCAGCCAGAUUGAGGCUCAUGGCAACGAUGUAUUUACUUUUUUACAUCCUCUCCAGAACUAUUUCACUGCCAUCGGUUUUAGCAUCUGCUUAACAGCAUCACUUCUUGUCCUUCUCUCUCUGUGGAGACACACAAGGCAUCUGGAGAAGGGCCGCCUCGGGACUAAGGACUUCAGCACUCAGGCCCACCUCCGCGUCAUGAAGCCUUUGCUUCUCUUGCUCUUCUUCUACAUUUUACAUUUUUCGGCCAUGAUGAUCACCCUGGGUAAUGUUUUCCAGUACGGAAAACUUGAGCGACUGAUUUCUGACAUUGUGCUGUCUUCAUAUCCUUCAAUACACUCCAUCAUCAUGAUAUUCACCAACCCUAAACUGAGGGAACUGUAUAUCCACGUUCUAAACCUUGGAAGAAGUGCCUCAUGA